AUGUCUCAGUCCACUGCCCAUCGGCGGCUCCUCAUGGAGUACCGCGCCCUGACCAACAAUCCCCCAGACGGCAUCACUGCUGGACCUGUCACAGAAGACGACCUCCUCCACUGGGAAGCCCUGAUUCAAGGCCCGGAAGGCACCCCGUUCGAAGGCGGCGUCUUUCCCGCCGAGCUCAAGUUCCCCAAGGACUACCCUUUGGCUCCUCCAAAGAUGACGUUCCUGGGCGAGAUCUUCCAUCCCAACGUAUAUCCUAGCGGCCUGGUCUGCAUAUCCAUCCUGCACCCGCCCGGCGACGACCCGAACCACUACGAGCACGCCUCCGAACGCUGGAGCCCGAUACAAUCUGUCGAAAAGAUCCUCAUCUCCGUCAUGAGCAUGCUCGCGGAGCCGAACGACGAGAGCCCCGCAAACGUCGAGGCGGCCAAGAUGUGGCGCGACAGGAGGCCCGAGUACGAGCAGAAAGUCCGUGAUGGCGUCCGUCGCAUGCUUGGACUGUAA